AUGUCCGGCGAGCAUCGUGGCUCUGUAGCCUCUGUGGCUUCCACCGAUACCGCCGCUGCGACUGCGCACAAAGCGCAUCAUCUCAAAUACGGUCAUGUCAUAGCUUCCGGCUUCCUCCCCGAGGAUUCUGACGAGGAAGAUGACUUGGCUGACGUCGAUGCCACCUCGGACCUCGAUCGUGCCGUUUCCGCUUCCGCCUCCGCCUCGGCCUCAUCUGGCAUCUCUUCGUCUGCAAAACACGAUGCAAAGGCUCGCAAGUGGCGCUCGAUGGAACGUCAAGAUGCUCUCAACCGUGCGCUUCACCAGCAGAGGCGCUACCUCUUCCGCCGUCCGCGCGCGCUUCAGUACUUUCGCGGAAACGUGCUCGUGCGUUCCGACGAGGAACGUUCGUCGCACCGUCUCGAGCUGUUUUUUGACCUCGUCUUUGUCGGACUGAUCGCUACGCUAGCCGAAGAGGCGAUCCACGAACACAACGGAGACGCCAUCGUCAGGUACAUACUCACCUACACUGCAGCUUGGAUGAUCUGGAACUACAUGCGCGAAAUUUUCAACGCGUUUUUCGUCGAUGAUCUGCCCCAGCGUCUGCUCGUGCUCGCUGUGAUGGCGUGUCUGGUCGUCUAUGGCAACAACGCUCCUGCCGUUGAGCAGAUGAUCGACGAGUCGGGCGCCAGAGCCACCGCGAUCGGUUCGUAUCUACUCGCAGGUGGGCUCGUGUUCGGCAUCAUGUGCUUCUACAGCUUCUACAUUUGUCAGUAUCGCAUUCAGAUUCGAUCACAGGCGCUCGUCUGGCUGCUUGUGCUAGGCCUCUGGAUUGGCAGCAUCUUUGUCUCGGUGCACGCAUGCAUUGCCAUGGUGGUCGUAGCGCUCGUCCUCGAGUACUCCUCCUGGAUGUUUUUCUACAGUCCGCUCUUUAAGCGGCUUGCCAAACUGCGCUACUCUUCGGCUGUCGCCAUCGAGCACGAGAUCGACCGGUUCACCGACUUUGUCACGCUUGUGCACGGCGAGUUUCUGUACAGCGUCAUCUCGGGUCAACCCGCCGGUCACGGAAUGCAUUCCGGGGUUGCCAGGAUCAUCCUCACCGUUGUGGUUGCCUUUGUGCUGCACGGCAUCUACUGUUGCGGGGCGGGCAGCAGGACCAUCACGCAUCCCAUCCGCAGGAGCAUGGGUCACGCCAUUCCGUUUUUUGCGCUCCACCUUCCGCUUGUGUCGGCGAUCACGCUCUGUGGCGAUGCGACCGCGGAAUUGGUCAAGGAGAAUGAAGUGGCGCAGGGGAUUCGAUGGAUCUUUGCUAGCACGUAUGCCAUCGGGCUCAUCUCGACGGCUCUAUUGGUGAUGCUGGAAAAGGAGCACGAUGCGCGUGGCGAACUCUUCUUUUCGAAACCGGUCAGGAUUGCACCGAGAUUUGUAGCGGCCAUCGUGGUGCUCCUGCUGCCCUUGGCGGAUCAAGAGCAUGUGAAUUCGACUGGCUUGCUCGGUGCGGCGGCGGCGCUCGGUGGCGCUGCAUGGCUGUGGCAGGAGUUGGGUUCGCUCGAUGGGCCGAAUGCCGCCUGGUACCAGCCGAGCGCUGCACAGCAGAUGCCCGAUCAGGCGGGUGCCAGGCGCUGGAAGGGUUUCCCCACCAUGGUCGAGCCAGGCGCAUGGAUAUUGGAUUCCACUCAACAACGCGGACGCUCGACCACAUUUGUCACGGAUGCUGACCGCGUCCCGCCCGUGAGCGACAGCGCGGACGAUCUUUCCCCUGCUUCUGCUUCUGCUUCUGCUUCUGCUUCUGCCUCUGCUGGUGCUGCUGUUACUACUUCCGACGAGCCGACUCCAGCGUCGUCCAAGCUUUCUCAUUCCCAGCACUGA